UGUAUUUACGAUGGGAACUUGCACGCACAAAACGUGACUGCCAUCCUUCCCAAAGAAAAACUGGCCGAGAAUACCUGGUUGCCCGUGCGCUCUAGUAGCGAGAAUCGGACCAAGCUAUCCCCAGAAAUGCCUCCAAGAUGAUCCUCCUGAGUUUGUUGCUUUUGGCCGGGCCGGUGAUGUGCCAGGCCGGAGAGAGUGCGGUGGAUUCUGGUAGCGGGGACGGACCGGGCAACGGAGCGGCCGGUAGCCCGGGUCUCACGGGCAGCCGUGCCGUGGUGGAAGUGGUACUGUAUGACAGCAACCUCAAUGGCGAUUACACCACCCGGACACUCAAAUUGACGGGAACUUUCUCACCCGCUGGGGUUACCAUCAGCGCCGAAGGUGAAAUUAAACAGAUGCAUCCCUUGGGCCUGUGCAAUUCUAACGAGGAUGACGAACCAUUUGAUUAUGGCUGGGUGGGCGUGGUCCAACUGGCCUCGCCUCUUGAUAACCCUAAGCCGUGCCUAACCAUCUACCAGAAGGCCAAGCGUGCCGUUCAGCUAGGUGCGACCGCAGUCAUCUUUGACGUGACGCAUAACACAGACGCCAUCCAAGAGCUGCGCAGCGAGCAGUCAGCCUCCCUGGAGCGUCCGAUUGUCAUCUUGCGAGGAUCCGACGCGCGGGAGCUGAUGAAGAUUGUCAACCGGCAAACGGAGGCCAGAGCUCGUAUCAUGUCACCACCUGCCCAGCCCCCACAGAAGACUUCCAACGAGUUUUUCGACAUGGGAAUCUUUGUGGCGUUCUUUGUUCUGAUUGCCAUCAUCUGCCUGCUGCUUCUCCUCAAGUUGAGAUGGAGACAGAAGAGGAAGCAGACCUCACAGGUUCGCAUGGCGAUGGAUGCUCUGUCAAAGAUGGAGAUCCGCAAGUACAAACACUACUCGGAGCAUCACCAGUUGCGCAAGUCGUCGCAGGAUGAACACUACACCGAGCAUCACCAGAUCCGCAAGUCGUCCCAGGAUGACAGGUGGGCGGCAACUACGCUCAGCAUCGCAUCUGAGGGGAUCAUCUGUGCAAUCUGUCUGGAGGAGUUCCGAGACGGCGAGGAAUUGAGAGUGGUGCCCUGUUCGCACGAAUUCCACCGUCACUGUGUGGAUCCAUGGCUCCUGUCUAACAGGACGUGCCCUUUAUGCAUGUAUAACAUAAUCGGUUGUGGACCUGAGCAACAAUCAAGGCCAGCGUUACCUCCUGCCACAGCCAAUUCCCCCACCCCUCUCAGAGUUAGCCUGCCAGGGACUCCCGCAUCACCCGACUUCAUGCCCGAGAGCUGGUCCUUUCCACCUACGACCUACAGCAUCCCUUACACAGGCCUGAGAACUCACUCCUUUGGGUUGCGUGGCUGCCCCCGCGGAGCCAAUCACUGCAAGAGGACCGGCCGCCGUUUCCACCGCAACUCGGUUGACGGUGCCCAGGUUGGUAAUGUCCACGUUUUAGGGGACGCCCGAGACCUGAGGCGGACGAGUUGUGGUUCCCGGACGGAGAGUAGUGGACAGGGUGUUAUAAUGUUCCCGCGUGGGUGCGAGCAGUGUGGGAACAUCUGCUCCCACUGCCAACGACAGCUGGCGGGAAACAGCUCCCGAGCUGGUCGUUGCCGUAGAGAUGAGAGAAGGCGUCUCGGCCUGACAUCAUUCGAGAAUCACUACAUUGUGAAUCUGUCGCCUGUUCAGGGUCGGGAAGCUGGGAACUACGACAAUUUAUGCAGCUUGAAAUACCCAGGGAAACUCAUGGCACAUGACACAAGACAUUACUGCGGUCAUCUGGUGCCCGUCCGUGUCCACCUCGAGAAUCUACCGCCGCCAGUCUCGGCAGCGUCCAACUGCAAUGCCAGCAAUCUCAGGGAGUUGUCGUCAGGGAGCAGUCUCAGCCUGUCGGCUUUCCAUGCGGACUGCGAGUGCAGCGACAGCACGGUCAGCAGCCAUGGCAAUUUUGACAGCAAUCAGAGCGUCUUCGGCAGCUCAUCAACGUUCCGGAGUGAGCCCAGCACGACCGACGCCUAUGCUUACGCGCAUCCGGGACAAGUCGAGCAGCUCUUUGACUCGACAGAGGCAACCCAGCUAACUCCAACGUGUGUUCACAGGAUGAACCAAGGGAUACGACCAAUCAGCAUCUCAGACACUGACGAGGCCAAGAACAACAGUGACACGACAACAAGCGAAACGACCAACUUCUCUAUGCAGGUGAAUGUAUCCCAGAAAUCCUCAGUUCCAUCAAAUUCCAAUGCAACAAGACACAAAAGUAUACAUCAUCAUUCAAAAACAUCAAACAGAACUUCUACCAAUGGAAGAUGUUCCCAUUCGCAUAGUCACCAUAAAGGACACCAGUCUAACAAAAUGAAGGACUCCAAGAAAGCCGUUGCUAAGGCAAGGCCAAUAUGGCCGACGCAACCACCAUCCAAACGGAAAUCGCCUUGUCCAUGUUGCUCAGGAAAAAUAGUGUGGGAAACCUGCGUAAGGAACUUAGAAAAUCCCGCAAAGAACUCUGAGAGGCCAGCGAGGUCGACUGAGAGGUCAAGGUCACCAGAAAGGUUGAGGUCUCCCGAGAGAGGAGCAAGGCACAGCAGGAGACAGGGUCGGGGGUCGUUACAGAUGUACAGAGGUCAUCUAAGGUUACCACUACAGUCGCUAGCAGCUCUCAAGAACGGACAAGGAGCCGUGGUUACAAUUCCAGUUCACCAUGGCAACCAGCAAGUUCUGGAGGAGAUAGUUUAGAUGGCAGACGACACCGAACACUCUGUAAUAUAUUUUCUAUUUUCAUCAGAGCUGCUUCUCUCCAGAGCUGAUCAAUGUUGGAAGCGGCCGCCAGAUGUUCAAAGCGGACACAUUGCCUCCAUCGAUGCCUUUUUUUACGCAUUUUACGAUACUGAUCAAAAUGGCAAUUACAGAGUACAUGUAUUUGCUCAUCAGUUGCGUUAUCCAAGAAGACGCCAUAACUGCCGUUGGCACCACAAUUAUGGGCGUAUUGCAUGUGCGUACUUCUGUAAAUUGUGAACACCUUUUUUGUUAAAGCAUUUCAGGUGCGUAAUGACCAACAUGUAGGCCCAGUUUCACAUAGCUGUUCAACAGUUAGCACAAAAGUCAUGCUCACUAUAACAGAAAAAUUUGCUUACCGUAAGCACUAUUCCAUGGCAGGGCUUGGCCAGAUUGUGCUUGCCGUUGCCAGCACAGAGAUUUCCCUUGUUUUGUCACAAUGUUAAGCAAAUUGUUCCUCUGAAGUGGUUGUGCGAUUUGCUGUGUGUACUGCGUAUGGUCUCCAUUAAAUAACCAGAGCCUCUGUUAUCAUAUUAAGAUUGUGUGCUUAGCAGCACCGUUAAAUUAGGCCCUCUUCGUGAGUGCGUAUUGCUGCAGCCAUGGCUUCAAGUUUGGUUGCUGACUUAGUCUUUGGUGUCAUCUUUUAUACUCUGUUAGCACUGUCCAUGAGAUAUUUUCCCUAUUGUCCUUGUGUUUUAGUACACCUUCGUAAAGUGCACUUUGAUAUGUAUGAAUCCAGGGGAGAAACGAGAACUUCAAUACCUGUCAGAACUGGAUUCAUUAAACGCACAUGUACAGUUGUUUACGGCAUUGUUGUAUCCCACAAAGUGUGUUUUGGUUUUUUUUUGGCCACAAAGUCUGUUGGAUAGUAAAACCUUGUCACCGAGGCAGAUUUUGGCCGGAUUUUAGCAUCAUGCUGGCAUGAAAAUUCCAUCGUUUUAUUACCAGAAAGAGUGCUCGUUAUACAUGUGUCUGGCUGGUUGCACAUUGCUUUCUCCAAAUUUGUUUGAAAGAGUUGAAAUUUGUCCGGAUGCUUUGUGUGAAGAUCAGUGACUCUUCACUCUCUUCAAAACUUUAUUGUACUGUGGAUGGUAGUGUAUGACCCUGACCAUGUGACACCCCUGACAAAUUCUGAAAUUCUCUUGUAAAUCUAUGCGAAUAAGUUAUUUACAGUGCACUUCUGUGGCCCUGCUGUGCCAAAAUUACCUAAAAUUCAAUUGUUUUAUAUUAAUUUAACUGAAGUAAACAUGUAAUCACUGAUUGUUCUGUACUCAUUAAAACGAAAGAAAAUAUAUAUUGCAUUUUAUUUUUAUGCAUAUUUUAUAAAGUACUAUACUAUUUAAAUAAUGUUGCGUGAGGCAUUAAAUUUAACUAGCAUAACACUGUGAAGUAUAAAAAGUCAAUGUUUUAGUGUCAGACAUAUUUAUUUGUGGAGUAAAUAAACCAACAAACAUUUAUCUGGAUAUACAAUGACAAGGCCUGUAAAAUGCCCAAACUCCAAAUACAUGUCGUUCUUUAUUUCAGUCACGCCCAGUCCUCCAAAAUUAUGGACGAUUACAAUUUUAUUUUUUUGGCUCAAACAGUCCCAAAAUAUUUCACACUUUGAAGUCUCUCCUGAAGAAUUAAAAAUUGAAGUGAUGUGUUCCACUUUUACAAUCCAUUCUCGAAAGUCCAUAGUUCAUUUUAGACAAGUGUACGUUCUCUUUUUUACAAGCUACUUGUACGUGCAGACAAAUAAAAUAUUUGACAUGCUAGUUUGAAUUAUCCUCCUGUCAACUGAGAUGUAAUAGGGGCAUGCUUAUUGUUGUUUAAUCCUUCAAAUGCCAGUGUUACAUAUUUGUGGCGUAUUAAUGAACAGUUUUAGAGACAUAAUAUGAACAGGGUAUACAACUGUCUCUUUUGUUAGAACGUACAGGGUAUUACUCUGAAUCACGGUGCAUUUUUGGAGUCGAGUGUCAAAUGCAGUAACUGUUAACGUGGAAUAGUGCAGAGCUCUACAAUAGAGGGUUUGCAUGGUGGCCAUCUUGCAGGUCAGUGUUUUUAUUCCUCAGGGUAUGCGCACAGGAGGUGUCCCUGUGGAACACAACAGCUGCCCUGCAAGAUGGUGCCCACGCAAAGCCUCUGUAUGAUUUCCCCUCCUUCAUUGUAUUUGACAGCCACUUUCUCUGCCUUUUUUUAAUCAGACAUUGACCUCAGAAUAUCCCGUGAUUAUUCUUGAUCAAUUGCUCACUAAAUCUAGCAUGUACAUGUGACGUAUCUUGGACAGUGUUGUAGUUGAGACCAUCACAAGACCAUCCACAAGACCAGUCACAA